AAAAAAAAAGGAUUAGCCUUUCUUUUCCAAGUGCUUUUAUUAACAAAUAUUAUGUUUCCCUUUCAUAAAUCAACGGUACUAACAGAUUCCGUAGUAGCAUCCCUUUCACCCACAGUAUCUAAUUAUAAUACAAAAUUAAACCAUGUAAAGAUCACUAAAAAACGGUCUACCUCUACACAGCCAGAAGAGGACACAUUUAUCAUUAUGCCCUUUGAUGAAGCAAGCUUGACGGUGGAUGAGUUAGCCAACAAACAUAGUCCUUCAUAUCAUCUCUCCUCCUCACCAACGAGCAAUGUAGUAUCAUUUAUGCAUCAUCAUUCAUCAGAAGAAAAACAAAUGAAUACAUGUUCUUCUUCUUCUUCUUCUACUACUACUACUGCUGACGCUACUGUUGUUAAAUCACAACAACGCCUUCAUUGGCUUUUAUCCAGUCAUUAUUGGGGACCCUUUUCGACCGUCAAACACUGGCCUCUCUUUACAUACAUUACCGUACUCUUGAACAUCCUUCUCUUUUCUGGUGAAUUACUAUUGAGCCGACAAAAUACAGGAGAAUUCUUUGAGCUAGAACCGUUUAAUUACAUGUUGGGACCCUCUAUGGAGAUCAUGGUUCAAGUUGGAGCUCGUUUCCCACCAUGCAUGAGACCUAUUGAAUCAAUGCCAUUUGAUGCUCGUUAUGUCUGUCUUCAUACAAUUGCUGCUUCCUCUAAAAGAACAGCAACAACAACAACAACAACAACACCAGGUUCGCCCUUGUAUUUAUUAGAUCCUGUGAUUGAUUUAGCAGACCCUCACAUUGUCGCCAACUCUACUUGUUCAUUAGCUACCAUCUGUGGUAUGUCUACCUUUCAUUUAUCACAAAUUCCAGAUCAAAAAUAUCGUUUAUUCACUCCUUUAUUUAUUCAUACGGGACUUGUUCAUCUAUUUAUCAAUUUGACUAUCCUAUGUUGGUUUGGAAUCAAAGUGGAAAAAGUCAUGAAUUCCUUGAGAUUUAUGAUACUCUAUAUUGGUGCGGGUAUCUUUGGACAUGCACUUGGGGCUAACUUUGCACCAGCAACAACACCUUUUUUAGGAUUUAGUAGCUCUUUAUUUGGUUUAAUAGGAUUUUUAUAUGUUGAUUUAUUUAUUCAUUGGAAACGAUUAGAACAAGCAAUUCGAUAUAUGAUUAAGUUGUUACUAGGGACUGCAUUCAGUUUUAUACUUGGAUUGUUACCUGGAGUCGAUAAUUUUUCACAUUUAGGCGGGUUAGUUGCAGGUAUCUUAUUGAGUUUAUUUUUAUCAAAUAUUGGCAGCAGGAAGAUAGGCUAUAGUCGACGAAUUGGAAUUUACUUGAUAAGGUUUCUAUCUUUAUGCUUAUAUGGGGCACUUUUGGCUUUAUUGAUACAUCAUUUUGAUACAAGUAAAAUAGAUGAGGUAUGUAAUUAUAAGAAGUAGACCAUAUAAAUAAUGAGCUUAUUUAUAUCAAUCUAUAGGAGUGUCCCUAUUGUAGAUAUAUUUCUUGUUUACCAAUGAAUGGAUUCUGUGAUUAAAA